CAUGCUUGAAUGGUACGUGGGAAAUGUGGUGUAAGAAAGCCCCACUUCGAACAUUUGCCCGGGAUACGCUAUCUCCUAUCUCAGUAAUGGAACUUGACAAAAGGCUAAAAGAUGAGGACAAGAUUUUUAACAAAAAAACAGAGAAGGAGAAAAUGAAAGAAAAACUUGUUCUUCAGGAGGACACACAACGUACAGCGUACCAGCCCCAGCUAAGGAUUCUAAAACGGGACAAUCAAAACCAGGAUAAAACCCAACAACAAGACAGUGCUAGUAAAGCUAAGAUGCAACCAAAGACAUUUGCUCAGAGGGAAGCAGAGUACCUCGAAGCUCGGCAGAGAAUUAUGGGCGAUCUGAGCAUGCAAGAACAAAGCUCGGAAAAUUCUAUGCCUGUAACAACGAUAUCAGUCAGCGAGAAGAAUGUGAUACGUCAGCCAAAAGGACCACAGGAGGGCGCAGGCUUUCUACUACAGAGAUAACACAGAUAAGAAAAAAUGCGUUAAUAUGUUAAGGCAUAGAGUUUCAUGGUUCAGUUAAUAUUAUUCAGGUUGAGGGUAAUGGUGCAUGGCUGUUUGUGAAAAUAAGCUAAAUGUGAGAGCCCUGAAUCUGUAUUAUUACUUUACCAUGUAACCACAGCGUGUUUCUUCCUGAGCAAUACUCUGCGGUGUUGAUGAAGAGCUCUGCGUAAUGCAUGAGGAUUGGGAAUGCCCAGUCUGAGGAGAUUGCGGCCCUAUACCAAGAAGAUGAUCGAGCUGUGUGAAGCGGCUUUGGAGGGCCAACAGCUAAACUUCGCUUUUACGCUGUCAUGUUAUCAAUCUUGCAGGUAAAGGUGGAACGAUAAGUGAAACACUUGAGGCGAUAACAAUGCUAGUUAGAUGCAUUAACAGCAGACAUUACUAAAAUACCAAAAAAGGAUAAAAAAAACUUAUUUUAAAAUCAUAUGAACUUAAUUAAAAGUAAUUGCCAGUAUUAAGUGCAAUUGGGUUUUUUUUUUUAUUUGAUUGAAAUGUUAGUGCCCUACCGUUUUUUUAUAACUGUGAAAUCGUUCAGUCACUGAUUGACAUCGCAUUGGUAUUACUGUAUAAAAUGUAUUUUAACUUUUCAUAUUGCCAAGAUAUAUGUCAGAUAAUGUCAGUAUUUUUUACUUCUAGUCUAAUUUUUUGUUUAAUUGGCAUUUAGGAAUACUUCAGCCCAGUUGUCUUCCUACGCUUAAGUUAUGCUAAUUCCUGACGGUAUUGUGAAUGUGUGUAGUAUGCAGAAAGGCCCGGAAUGCACACCAGUGCUAUACUCCAUCACUACAGAACCAUCAUGAUAAAAACAUUAUGCUUCCAAUUUGUAUGUACUUUUAGCAAGGGGACAUUCACAAUUAUCCACAUUAUUUAACAAAUGUACUCCCCGCUGAAAGAAAGCAUGCAUCAAAAAAUAUUUAUUUUUCAACACUUAUUUUAAUAGUAUUUCUAUUAAAUGAAUUUUAAUAAGAUUGCUCUUUUUUUUUAUUUGUUCAAGCAAUUUGGAAGAACAUUUUAAUGUGCUGUAUCUGAAUAAGUGUAUAGAUGUAUCCCCAACCCCCCUCCCCAGUUUUUGUAUAUGGUGAAUGAUCCCUGUGGGUAAACUGCAUAGAUCCAGAAAGUAGAAUUUUUACAGUAAUGGGGUGCUGCUACACUUGUGUUUAUGUGUAGAGCUGAAAACUUCUACUCUUGCUCAUAACAUUAUCAAUCUAGGCGUCGGUAAAAUUUGGAAGAAUAUUUAGUCUAUGUUAUUAUGGAUGCUAUGCGGCCGUUCCAAGGCAAAACAACGCAACUUAACAAAAAUAUAAAAGCACUAGCGUUGUUUUGCCAUGGGAUGGCUGUAUGGAAUAGUGUACUAAAGUUUCAAGCCUGAUUGAGUACCAUAUAAAUCAGGUUAAUUAAUAGGUGCAAAUAAGUUGUGAGAAAAGACUCCUUCAAAAAAAAACUUUUUCUCAUUCUAACAAUUUUAAAAUCUUGUAUUUUAAAUCCAGGGAGUUUUAAAUUUAAACAAAUGUAAAAAAAAAAAAAACAA